AGUGUCUAAUCACAAAAUACAUCAAAUCCAACAGAAAAAAGGGGGAAAAGAAAAAAAAGGAAGCUUUUGCUUUUGAUUUUGAUUUGAUCCAUUAAGAAGAAGCACCCACCAAGAUUCAAACGUUUGUUUUGUGUUUGGUGUUUUAUUUUUCAUUUUUUUUGCACCUUUUUUUCCUUAAAUGCGGCCUUCAAACUCUACAGUGAGUGUUGAGUGAGGCAAUUUGCUUUUGGAGGGGUCGGUUUUCUUUGGUGGGUUCAUAACUUUUCUCCAAUCGUGCUUCCUGAGCUCACCACUCAAAUUCCCUCUUUAAUCUUCCAAGUGGAGAAGAAGAUAAUUGUUAUUGUUCCUCCACAGUUUUCAUUUCACACCCUAAAAAUCCUCUCAAAAUAUCGCCCCCAUUACUUAGUAGCUCUGUUUUUCUGUUUUUCUUUUUUUUCUUUUUCCAAUUCAAGCUUCUACUCUUCUUCUUUCUUGUGUUCUUCAUCAACCAUCUUCCUGUUUUUGGUUCUUGAUUUGUCCGAGCCUUCUUCAUUGUUGGGUCCGCCAUUAAAGAUACGUUACCUGUUUGGUUUUAUUUUGAAUUUGGCGAACUCGGGAGGGCGUUUAGCCAUCUGGGUCGUCUUCAUUCCGCUUUAAUUUUAAUGGGUUUCGAGUCCUUUGAAACUCUGAUUUAGCCAUUGAUGGAUCUGGAGAGUGCUAUUGGGCGCCACCCACUCAAGAAAGAUUCAUGGAGAGCGGUUUUAACUUUGGCUUACCAGAGCUUGGGGGUAGUUUAUGGCGAUUUGAGCACUUCCCCUUUGUAUGUCUACAAAAGCACUUUCGCUGAGGAUAUUCAACACUCUGAAACCAACGAGGAGAUUUAUGGGGUUCUUUCUUUUGUCUUCUGGACCCUCACUCUCAUUCCUCUGAUUAAGUAUGUUUUUAUUGUGCUUCGAGCUGAUGAUAAUGGCGAAGGGGGAACUUUCGCCUUAUACUCAUUGCUCUGCCGCCAUGCCCGAGUUAGCUCCCUGCCCAAUUGCCAGCUCGCAGAUGAGGAACUCUCUGAAUAUACAAAAGAUGGGGUCGAUUUAACCACCAAGAACACUUGUGGAUCGAGAUUGAAAUCGACAUUAGAGAAGCACAGAGUGUUACAGAGGGUUUUGCUGGUUCUAGCUCUGAUUGGGGCAUGUAUGGUGAUUGGAGAUGGAGUUCUUACACCUGCAAUUUCUGUUUUCUCUGCGGUUUCUGGGCUGGAGCUUUCCAUGGCUAAAGAGCACCAUCGUUAUAUUGAAGUCCCAGUUGCGUGUGUCAUAUUGGUAUUCCUGUUUGCGAUUCAACAUUACGGAACCCAUCGAGUUGGAUUUUUGUUUGCACCAGUUGUAAUUACCUGGCUCCUGUGUAUUAGUGCCAUAGGCCUGUACAAUAUAUUCUACUGGAAUCCCCAAGUUUACCAAGCACUCUCCCCAUAUUACAUGUACAAAUUUUUGAAGAAGACCCAAAGGGGAGGUUGGAUGGCCCUCGGCGGGAUCCUGCUAUGUAUGACAGGUUCGGAAGCAAUGUUUGCUGAUCUCGGGCACUUCUCGCAGCUAUCUAUCAAGAUUGCUUUCUCUUUUGUGGUUUAUCCAUCUUUGGUCCUGGCAUACAUGGGACAAGCUGCUUAUCUUUCUCAACAUCACAGCGUGGAAACCGACUAUCGAAUCGGAUUUUAUGUGUCUGUCCCUGAGAAAAUAAGAUGGCCCGUUCUUGUGAUCGCCAUUUUAGCCGCGGUGGUAGGAAGUCAAGCUGUCAUUACCGGAACUUUCUCGAUAAUAAAACAGUGCUCUGCCUUAGGUUGCUUUCCGAGGGUCAAAAUUGUACAUACCUCCUCAAAGAUCCACGGUCAGAUUUAUAUACCGGAGAUCAAUUGGACGUUGAUGCUCUUAUGCUUGGCUAUUACUGGUGGCUUUCGAGACACGAAACGAAUGGGCAAUGCAUCAGGCUUAGCAGUUAUAACUGUUAUGUUGGUGACCACAUGCCUAAUGUCUGUAGUCAUCAUCUUGUGCUGGCACAAAAGUUUUCUCUUUGCCAUUGCCUUCAUACUUGUUUUCGGCUCCAUUGAAUCACUCUACUUCUCAGCAUCCCUCAUCAAGUUUCGAGAAGGGGCUUGGGUUCCCAUCGCACUUUCGCUCAUCUUCCUAAUAGUCAUGUACGUAGCAAGAAACCAACGUCAAACUAGAAGAUCUAGAAGAGAGCGAGAAAAUGACAGUGGUGGGGACAUCUUCAACACAAGUAGAUGGAGUGAGAAUGUGCGAGGAUGAAGGAGAAACCGCGGAGACAUCAGAGCUCAGGGAGAUAAAAUCUCCGCAAAAGGUGAGGAAAAGAGUGAGGUUCGUCGUACCAGAGAGCCCGCGAAUGGAAGUAGAGGCAAGGAGGGAGCUUCAAGAGCUAAUGGAGGCAAGAGAGGCAGGAAUGGCUUUCAUAAUGGGGCAUUCAUAUGUGAAGGCAAAGAGGGGAUCAGGUUGGGUGAAGAAAGUGGUGAUAAAUUAUGGGUAUGAUUUUUUGAGGAGGAACUCAAGAGGGCCAAGUUAUGCUUGGAGUGUGCCUCAUGCUUCUACUUUAGAAGUGGGGAUGAUCUACCAAGUUUGAUUUUCUUUUUUGGUUAACUUCCACUUUGUGCAUUCUCUAGUCUCUCAUUGUAUAUAAUAAAAGCAUUUUUGCCCAAGCUUUGAUCUUUCUGUAAUUUUACAACUUGCUUCCUCCCAAACUCUACACAUCCACCCAAUGAAAGGAAUUAAAAGGCCUUUUUUUA